GAGUGGAAUCAUUUUUACAUCCCGGGGUAUGGCUGCAGGACUCAGCAGGGCUGUAAGAAAAACCUUGCAGAGUCUUGCACUGAGGCGAUUGGAUGAUGUGAAGACCAAUAGGCAGCAGAGCUGAAUGUUAUUUGAACUCUCCUUAGACAGAACAGUUAAUCCAGACAACAUCUUCUUACUUCUCUAACAUUAUUCCCUGAACAAGGAUCUACAGUGUCUGCGUGUCUUUGGGAGUCUACUGAUGCACCUGUUGACCGAACAGAAACUCUGCAUGUUUAACAAUGGACAACUUUUCUCCAAUGAAGACUGAUGCUCAGCUCCUUUUGGACAAGUGUAGGAGAGCUGAAGAAAGGAGCGGACUGAGCUGUGCAGACUCCCCUCAGAUGAGUUUAACAGACGGACAGAGCCCAGACAUGCUGCAGACUGACAGAAACUCUGCCUUAAAGUACAGAAGAUGCAGCUCCCCUAGGUCUUGUCUCGGUGGGGUGAAAGCUCGCCACAAGAGGCAGGUUCUGCAGGACAUGGCUCGACCACUGAAACAUUGGCUGUAUAAGCAUCGGGACAACCCCUACCCAACAAAAACUGAAAAGGUGCUGUUAGCUCUGGGUUCGCAUAUGACACUAGUGCAGGUUUCCAAUUGGUUUGCUAAUGCCCGGCGAAGACUGAAAAACACAGUGAGGCAGCCAGACCUAAGCUGGGCGUUGAGGAUCAAACUCUACAAUCAAUACAUCCAAGGAAAUGCAGAGAGACUGAGUGUGUGCAGCGAUGAUACAGACACAGAGGAUGAAGAGUGCACCUUACCAACGGCUUUUAGCCAAUCAAACCUCGGUGAAACAUCUUACCGUGGAAGCCUGCUUGAGAAGCAGGCCAGUGUCGUUGCCAGGGCAGACAGCUCCACCGAUGAUGACGGGACGUCUCCUCCCUCCAAGUACAAGAACAGCUUGUUGAAUCGCUACCUUAAUGACACCUUGCGGCACAUGAUGGCGGCAAAGGCAGACGCCAUUGCCUCUGCGCGUGGAAAGAGGUGCCUCUCCCAACUGUCCAGCUCCAACGAAAGUGAUGGAGAUGUUUUCUCUCUGUCCAAUUCCUCUAAAGCAGAGGCUAACUUCAUCUACAGCAUGGAUACAGCAGACAACACUUCAGUUAAAAGUUAUAGGGGUCAGCUGCAAAACCGAAACCCACAAAGAAAAGACGGCCAAGGCUGGAGGGAGAUCCAUGCUGCUGUGGCUCUUACCAGCUUGGCCCAGGGGAAGAGCCGCAAGGCAGGACUGAGCACUGACCCGGCGCCCAUCUCAGCCACAGGGCAGAGCUGCCCAUCAGAGCCGUUCUCCGGAUCAAAAGCCAGCAUCACAGGCAGGCUGUGUGUGACUGGAGCUGUGUCAGCCCUAAAGCAGAGCACAGAGACCGCUCUGACCAGCCGCAUUAUCCAGAAAUCUUCCCAUAUCUCUGAGGUCCAGACUGUUAAAGUUACCCUGGCAAACAGUGGGUAGGCACUGAACACCAUAUUCCACUCAAAAUGAGCCUAAGUGCCUUUUAAUGAACAGUGUACAGCCCUCAGUACUAAUGUUUUAUACUUUUAACUACUUUCUAAUUAUGUUAAAUAUUGUAAUAUCUAAACAGUAACCUUAAAAGAAUCCAGAUAAUAUCUGCGUUCUUUUUUAUUCUCUACUUGACCUUAUUUUCCGUAACUUAUAUGAACUUUCAAGACACCGGAGAAUCCUCCAGGGAUGAAGUUUAUCAGCAGCUGUUUGAAUAAAUCCAAUGUGAAAAUGUC